CGGGUUUGCCACCUGAGCGAGAACAUGACCACAAAAUCGAGCUGGAGCCUGGCGCGCAGCCCUCUUUUCAUACUCAGUGGCGGCUGACUCAGCCCGAGCUGGAUGAACUUCGACGCCAGCUAGACUAUCUGCUCGAGAAAGGUUUCGUUCGCCCCAGCAUGUCACCGUUUGCAGCUCAGAUCCUAUUCACCCCGAAGAAAGAUGGCAGUCUACGAAUGUGUAUUGACUACCGCGCCUUAAACCGGGCUACCAUUCUAGCCUCGCUAUCCUAUCCCGCAUGCCGAGGAACUCAUCGACCAACUUCGUGGAGCAAAAUUCUUCUCAAAAAUUGACCUGCAAGGCGGUUACCACCAAAUCCG